UUUUUGCUCCCUCUAUUGAUGAUAGAUCAAGGGCCCUCCUGCCGUCGUUUCAGUGACUCAUAGGGCUUCCCUCAGCUCAGUCUUUUUGGUUCUUGAGAAUGGUCGCCGCCUCUCCCAGGACCGGAAUGAUUAUCCCUGCCCGACGGGUCUACAUCCAUCCCUUAAUGUCGUCGGGUACUGUUCACUUCCCCGCCAUUCUUGUAACCGUCACCUGUAAUCCGCGCAGGUGUGUCCGCACCCCCCUGAGUGGACGAGAAAGAAAGGAUUUCUCAGAGCACACCCAGGAGUAAACUUUCCAGUAUGAGCAUUCGAUAGGUCGUCUGAGGGUUCGCCGCGGUUCAUUGAUGUGCUUACACACUAGGCUACCCUUCUCCGAAAGCUCCGCGGGACCACCUACCACUAGUCUUCAGCCGUAAGGGUUUAUUGCACAAAAACAGGGACGCAGACUCCCGAAGAGGGAAGCCCAACGAAUGUCAGAUGCAAAGUCCCACACCUCAUUAAGAUCAUAUUGGCAUACUCUCCCAAAAAAAAAAGAGCAGACCCCAUUGAAGACGAGAGUGAGGUACAACAAGGUGGGCAGGCCCAUCCACCGCCCUUCUCACGAAACCGUACGUGGACGUUACCGCUCAUACAGCUCCCAGCCAGCAAGAGUUAGCCUUCCUCUUCAAGGAAUGGAAGUGUGGAUGAAUCGACAUCAAAUAGAGGAAUUCGGUUUUUAUUUUCAGCAUUCCAUGGUGGAUCAGGACGAGAAUGAAUCCUGGAAUCCAGGACAUACUCAUCCUGGAGCUUCUGCUCUCCUCUGGGGAGGGAUUUUUAUAGAUAGAGAGGUGGGUAGCCUCCCGCUUGACCGAUUUCUCGGAGUCGGAGGAAGAUCUCUCAUCUGAUGACCCUGAACAAGAAGGAGCGUAGCCACUCUGGUCGAUGGAAUGGAGCUCGACUAAAAGGAGAGAUUCGG